AUGCCUGAGUUGGUCGAGGCGUAUGUUGACAUUACUGAUGGAGUUACUCAUAAAUUUCUGAGAGCGCUUACUUCUGUCCGACGCCUUUCUCUAUCUUUAUCACUCUCAGAGGUUAUGCAUCCUUCUGGUAUGAUCUUCAAUCAGCUUGUUCAUCUGGACUUGUAUACAUAUGCUGAAGGUUGGUGGGAUCUUCUCACUCAUAUGCUCCAAGAUUCCCCCAAACUGCAAACUCUCAAACUCAUCGAUGAUUAUUGUGCUGGCAUAGAAACCCCAAUUGGUUGGAAGCUACCGAGUUCUGUUCCCGAGUGUUUGUUGUGUAGUCUUGAGGCUUUUGUGUGGAAUGGGUACCAAGGAAGACAAGGAGAUAGAGAGAUUGCAACAUAUGUUCCUAAGAAUGCUGUUUGUUUGAAGACAGCCACAUUCUCUCCAAAAUGUAGUGACGUGGGAAAGAAGUAUCAGAUGCUCAAGGAGUUGGCAUCUGUACCUACAGCUUCAACUUCGUCUCAGCUUCUAUUCGACUGA